AAAAGCCUAUAAAAAUAUGAUAUAAUGACAACUUUGAUUAAGAGACAGAUCUUAUGAUGAAGACUGUAGGAUAUGACUUUCCUCAUGCUACCUCUACUUUCUUUUCCUCUAACUGACCUCAUCUCUUCACUAUUAAUCCUUGCAUGUCCGCAAUCACCAUUUCACCAUCCUCUCCGUGCUUGUGUGUGUGUGUGUGUCUCUCUCUCUCUCUCUCUAACACAAACACACAAGAUUCAAAAAGUUCUUUACUAAUUAUCAUGUAAAAGAAAGAAAAGUUUCAUAACUAUAUGAUUUGUGGGGUCUCCUUCUCAAGUUGGUGUAUAUAAUAAUGCAAAGCUUAAAUCUUUACAUUUGAGCAUUUCUUGUUCUUGUUCUUUCUUUCAACUUGUAGCUUGACAAAAACUAACAAUGUGUAAGAAUUGGGUUGUUUUUGCCUUCACCUUUCUAGUUCUCCUCAGUGGGUUAUCCUCAGUUUCAGCUACACCUCCUGUUAAAAUUGUAAGUGGGGUUGUCUCCAAUGUUGUUUCUGCACUUGUCAAGUGGCUCUGGUCACUCAAAUCUAAUACUAAAACAGCUGCCUCUAGCCGUUCAAUGAUGAAAUUUGAAGGUGGGUAUACAGUUGAGACAGUGUUCGAUGGAAGUAAGCUUGGGAUUGAACCACAUACUGUUGAUGUCUCUCCAAGUGGAGAGCUUUUGGUUUUGGAUUCAGAGAAUAGUAACAUUUACAAGAUCUCAACACCGUUGUCUAGAUAUAGCAGGCCCAAGCUAAUAGCUGGAUCACCUGAAGGGUACUCUGGACAUGUAGAUGGGAGACUAAGAGAAGCAAGAAUGAACCACCCCAAAGGCCUUACAGUGGACAACAGAGGAAAUAUAUACAUUGCAGACACGAUGAACAUGGCUAUCAGAAAGAUCAGUGAUGGAGGGGUGACAACUAUAGCAGGAGGAAAGUGGACUCGUGCGGGUGGCCAUGUUGAUGGUCCAAGUGAAGAUGCAAAGUUUUCAAAUGAUUUUGACAUAGCUUAUAUUGGAAGCAGUUGCUCUCUUCUGGUUAUAGAUAGAGGGAACCAGGCAAUUCGAGAGAUUCAACUCAAUGAUGAUGACUGUAACAAUCAAUAUGAUGGCACUUUCCAUUUAGGAAUAGCAGUUCUUGUUGCUGCUGCAUUUUUUGGCUACAUGUUAGCAUUGCUGCAGUGGAGGGUUCAAACAUUGUUUUCUCCCCGCAAUGAUCCAAGAACUUAUAUGAAGAACGGCACACCAAUGGCACCAUACCAGAGGCCUCCUAAACCUGUCAGGCCUCCUUUGGUUCCUAGUGAUGAUGAACCUGAUAAACCAGAUGAGGGCUUUUUUGGUUCACUAGGGAAGCUUGUUCUCGGGGGAUUAUUUUCAGGGUUUAGAAGGAAGCCUCUCCACUACCAGUUCCAGCAGCAGUAUCAGCAACAACUCAAACAUUCAAAUCCAUGGCCAAUGCAAGAGAGUUUUGUGAUUCCAGAUGAAGAUGAGCCCCCAUCACUAGAAACCAGAACUCCUACAUCAAAGAAAGCCUACCCAUCUAUGACCAAUGGCGUAGAAAAGCACUACCAAUUUAAGCAAAGCAGUGGUUACUAUAAUGGCUGGGAUGGUGAUUAUCACCAACAGCAACAAAUGCAGAUGCAAGUGCAAAUGCAGCAGCACCAGAAACAGCAGCAGCAUCAUCAUAGGCAUUAUACAUCCAACCCAAAAACAUACUACGAAAAGAGCUGUGAGACAAAUGAAAUUGUGUUUGGGGCAGUUCAAGAACAGGAUGGCCGGCGUGAAGCUGUAGUGAUAAAGGCUGUUGACUAUGCGGAUCCUAGGUAUAAUCACCACAACAUUCGACCUCGAUUCAACUACGUCGGUUACUCUCACGGAUAUUAGUCAUCUUUUAGUUAUAUUGCUGGUGAUGGAGCAAAAGAAUUUGUUGAGCUUUACAUGUCAUAUGAGUAUGGAAAAUAGAUGUAGGAAGAAACCCUGUAAUGUUUCUCUGUAUUCCAUUUGUUUAUUAUUUGUUUAUUUUUCUUUCUUGCCCUUA